GCAUCUGACUUGCUCGAUUAACACUUUUGCUAUGCUGCUAUAUAUUUUUUAUAAUAUCAUCUACUGGCUAGUGUGUUUAUUGCAGCUCCUACAAUCGUAUGAUAAAACAACAUGAGGUUGACAAGUUUGAUGCCUAUUCAAGUUUGAUGCCUGAUUGGCCUGAUUAUUUUCAACAAGUUUGAUGCUGCCAAUAGAACGCUCUAGUGCCAGCACCAGGUCAAAGUUAGAGGUGGAGGAUUUACAAAUACUGUUGGAUUCCUUGGAUCAAGGAAAGCUCAAAGAACCCAGUGACAGUAUUUUCUGCCGCACAAAUGUUACGAUAUGGAUUUUCAUUUCCAAAAAACUUUCAUUCAUUACAGCCAUCAAAAGUCAGCAAUUUCAGCGACGUUUUUAUGUAUUGACAACAAACACGGUUGAUCCACUCAAUUUUAAAAACUUUUUCUAAGGAAGUCCUUAAAAUUGACCACUGGGGGAGCUGCAAUAAGUAAAAAAAAGCAUUUUUGUGCAUAACUGUUUGUUCUGUUUGGCUUAAAAAGUAACUCAUAGGUCUGCUGAUCCCUUUGAAGAUCCAUGACCCAUGGUCCAUGUCCACCUAAUUGAUGUAGCCACCAUUUUGAAUUUAGGUCCCAAGACAGUCUUCUUCUGGGCUCCGUGGUUUAAAUGGGGAUUGGUAGUUGCUGGCCUGGCUGACUUCACUCGCCCUGCAGAGAAACUCAGCGUAUCUCAAUCUGGAGUGCUGACAGCCACGGGCUUCAUAUGGUCCCGCUACUCCUUAGUCAUCGUCCCACGCGUCUGGAACCUCUUUGCUGUGAAUUUCUUCCUCGGCCUGGCUGGCUCAUCUCAACUCUUCAGGAUUUGGAGGUAUAAUCAAGAACUAAAGCAGAAGCUAGAAGUAUCGGAUCCGUGAGGACCCCAAAACUCCAUUCACAAAAAUGGGAAGAAACACGUAUUUGUUUCGUUAACAGCAUACUUUUACUAUUAAAACUUUUUUUUUCCCCAAAC